CGGCGCCGCCUCCUCGUCGGGCCGGGCACGGCGGGCCGGGGCCUUUGUGUGAGGCGGCGGCAGCGGCGGCGGCGAUGGUGCUCGGGCCCCGCGGAACCGGAUUGACCUUGCUGAUACAGGGGCGACUUCACCGGAGCUGCUAAGAUGGGCAUGAGGAUCAAACUGCAAAGCAGCAACCACCCUAACAACCUGCUGAAGGAGCUCAACAAGUGCCGGCUGUCAGAGACCAUGUGCGACGUCACCAUCGUGGUAGGGAGCCGCUCCUUUCCUGCCCACAAGGCCGUGCUGGCGUGCGCAGCUGGCUACUUCCAGAACCUCUUCUUGAAUACUGGGCUUGAUGCUGCCCGGACCUACGUGGUGGACUUCAUCACGCCCGCCAACUUUGAAAAGAUUCUGAGCUUUGUCUACACGUCCGAGCUUUUCACAGACCUGAUCAACGUUGGGGUCAUCUAUGAGGUCGCCGAGCGUCUGGGUAUGGAGGACCUCCUUCAGGCCUGCCACUCUACGUUUCCAGACCUAGAGAGCACUGCGAUGGCUAAGUCCUUGACCAGCAGCGGUGACAGCCAGUCUGCUACUCUGAGUUGUUCUUCGGUAGAUCCCGCCCACUCCCUGGGGGAGCUCCGGGGGAGUGGGGAACACUUUGGUCCUGAUAGAAACUGUGUGUUACCUGCUGAUGCUGGAGGGAGCUAUAAAGAGGAAGAGAGGAGUGUCGCAGGGGACACUAGUCAUAGCUUGCCCCUGCCACCAAAGACAGAAGACCACGACGCCCCUGUUCCCUUCACUUCUGUUCCUACGAUGGUGACCCCACCCAUCCUAAGCACUGCCAGCACAGGCAUCCAGACCAGCAUGGGUCCUUGCCAGCCAUACAAAGUUCAAAGCAAUGGAGACUUUAAUAAAAACAGCUUCUUCGCCUCGGACAAUGCCAUAGACAUUAUGCCCGGGACCAAUUCCUGUCAGAGCACCAGCGACCACUCCAGAGAUCCCGGCUUUGGGCAGGUGGAUGAGCUCCAGCUGGAAGGCCUGGCGGACGACGAUUUGCAGUUUGAGGAUCCGGCUGAGGACAUGGGGACGGCCGAGGAGGUGAUUGAGCUAAGCGAUGACACUGAGGAUGACCUGACCUUCGGUGAGGGUGACAGCCGGGAGAAUAAGGCCGUGCCCUGCCAGGUAUGCAAGAAAGUCCUAGAACCCAACAUCCAGCUGAUACGACAGCACGCGCGGGACCACGUGGACUUGCUCACAGGCAACUGCAAGGUCUGCGAGACCCACUUCCAGGACCGAAACUCCCGGGUGACCCACGUCCUGUCUCACAUUGGUAUUUUCCUCUUCUCCUGUGACAUGUGUGAAACGAAGUUCUUCACGCAGUGGCAGCUAACCCUGCAUCGGCGGGAUGGGAUAGCUGAGAACAACAUUAUCAUCCACCCGAACGAGCCCCUGGCCGGGAAGCUGGGCCUCUUUGCGGGGGCAGCCUCGCCUGAGCUGAAAUGUGCUGCCUGUGGGAAAGCACUGGCCAAAGACUUCCACGUGGUCCGAGGCCACAUCCUUGAGCAUCUGAACUUGAAGGGCCAGGCCUGUAGUGUGUGUGACCAGCGCCACCUCAACCUGUGCAGCCUCAUGUGGCACACGCUCUGUCACCUCGGCAUUUCAGUCUUCUCCUGCUCGGUCUGUGCCAGCAGCUUUGUGGACUGGCACCUUCUGGAGAAGCACAUGGCGGUCCACCAAAGCCUGGAGGACGCUCUGUUCCGGUGCCACUUCUGCAGCCAGAGCUUCAGGUCCGAGGCUGCCUACCGCUACCACGUCAGCCAGCACAAGUGCAGCGGCGGCCUCGAUUCCCGGCCCGGUCUGGGCCUCCCACACCUCGCCCUCCAGAAGCGGAAGCUGCCGGCGGAGGAGUUUCUGAGCGAGGAGCUGGCUCUGCAGGGCCAACCUGGGAACAGCAAGUACAACUGCAAGGUCUGUGGGAAAAGGUUUGCCCACACAAGCGAGUUCAACUACCACCGGCGGAUCCACACGGGCGAGAAGCCUUACCAGUGUAAGGUGUGCCACAAAUUCUUCCGAGGUCGCUCGACCAUCAAGUGCCACCUCAAGACACACUCGGGGGCGCUCAUGUACCGCUGUACAGUCUGUGGCCACUACAGUUCCACCCUUAACCUUAUGAGCAAACAUGUGGGUGUGCACAAAGGCAGUCUUCCACCCGACUUCACCAUCGAGCAGACCUUCAUGUACGUUAUCCACUCCAAAGAGGCCGAAAAGAACCCAGACAGCUGACUGGCUCUCAGCAGAGCCAGAGGCAGCUCCCAGGGGGCGGCUGGGAUAGCGAUGUUCUAGCCGCUGUUGGUCCUUCCCCAGCCGACGCUAUGGCUUUGCCUUGCUAGGAAUCCCAUUCUGUAUUGUGUUG